AUGGGUGUGCGGCGUUUCUUGCCUGAGAACCACAUAUGGCGAAAGAGCAAGCUCUUUAAUGGUAAAAGUGAGGACAGGUCAAGGCCACGAGAGUUCACGGGAGAAGAGAUCUUGGAGCAAAUUAAUUCAGGGACAUACAAGCCGUUGGGCAAGCAUCCAAGCAUUAAUAAGAAAAGAAAAAGGGGCAAAGAUGAUGACACGAUUUGGGCCAAGAAAAGCAUUUUGUUUGAUCUCCCUUAUUGGAAAACACUCAAGUUGCGUCACAACUUGGAUGUCAUGCACAUAGAAAAGAACAUUGCAGAAAAUAUUGUUGGGACAUUACUGGGCGUAGAUGGGAAAUGCAAGGAUACAGAAAAAGCACGCAUGGAUUUGGCAGAUAUAGAUGGCUAUGCGGCAAACAUCUCUAGCUGUGUAAGUACUCAAGGUGGUAAAUUAUCGGGUCUGAAAAGUCAUGACUAUCAUAUUCUUUUGCAACGUCUUCUUCCAGUUGGAAUGCGUGGGUACCUCAACAAAGAACUUAAUACUGCAUUAUUUCAGUUAGGCAAUUUCUUUGAGCAAUUGUACUCCAAGGCAUUAAAAAAAGCUGAUUUGAAAAAAUUAGAGGACCAAAUUGUUCUUAUUCUUUGCAAGCUUGAGAAGAUUUUCUCUCCUGCCUUCUUUGAUGUCAUGGUUCAUCUAGCUAUUCACUUGCCUCGUGAGGCUAUUCUUGGAGGGCCAGUGCAAUAUCGAUGGAUGUAUCCAAUUGAAAGGUUACUCGGAGUUCUAAAAGGAUUUGUUGCCAACCGAGCUCACCCAGAAGGUUCUAUCGCUGAGGCUUAUAUUUCUAAAGAGAGUACAAUAUUUUGCUCAAUGUACCUCGAUGGAAUCGAAACAGUGUUUAACAGAGAAGAAAGGAAUGAUGACGGUGGUGAUCGUGGCACGGGGUUAGCAGUCUUCACUCAAAGUGCCCGACCAUUUAGGUUAAUCCGAAGGGGACCUGAUGUGCCGGUCAAUGAACUCGAGAUGGCUGAAUGGUUUGUCUUAUACAAUAGUUCAAAAGUGGAUCAAUAUCGGAACACAAGAACUACAUACAAGGUGAGAGUAAAGUUGACAUCACAAAUAGACAACGUAAAGAAUUUCCCAAGUGGUUCAAAGAUCGCGUAA